GAGCCUGCAUUCAUCAUAAUCUAACCUCAUGUCUUACAAAUCACCCGGUAAUUCGACAUCAACAUACUAAUCGCAUUUUCCAACUACUGUUCUAGUCCCGUUCCCACUCUAUUCUAUAUUCUUGUUCUUGUUCUCAUUCCCAUUUUCAUUGCUAUAUACAUUAGAGUCUCAACAUCCGACACAAAACCCUAUUCAAUUCCUUCAUUCCAACUUCCACCACACCACCACCAAACAUGACCUCCGCCACCUUCUACCCAAACUUCACUUCCCAGUCCAUCUCCACAAACUCCAAUAUCUCAAUCCAUACUCUCACAGGACCCAAAGAUGGCCCUCCUCUCCUUCUCGUUCAUGGUUUCCCACAAACACAUCAUAUAUGGCAUUUAGUUACGCCGCAUUUGGUUGAUCACUUUUCUCUUGUGUUGGUGGAUUUGAGGGGGUAUGGGGAGAGUUCUAAACCGAAAGGUAGUGAGGAACAUAAAGAGUAUAGUAAGAGUGCUAUGGGUUCCGAUCUUCUAACCGUAAUGAAGCAUCUCGGCUAUCCACAAUUCUCAAUCCUAGCCCAUGACCGCGGCGCCCGUAUCGCUCAUCAACUCGCCAUCAAUCAUCCGGAAGCUGUGACAAAGCUUAUGCUUCUAGACAUUCUCCCCACUCUAACCAUGUACGAAUUGGGAAGACACUCUUUUUAUCAAAAAUACUGGCACUGGACCUUCCUUACGCAGCCUUCUCCUUUCCCCGAACAAGCGAUUCUUGGGAAUCCCAACCUUUUCUCCGAGAAAUUUCUAGGAAAGGGUGGAGUAAGUAAAGGAUUUGUCAUGGAUGCGAAAGCUAGAGAGGUCUAUGAUGGACUGUUGAGAGAUCAAGAGAGUUUACAUGGAAUGUGUGAGGAUUAUAGGGCUGGGGCGUCGAUUGAUCUUGAAGAGCAGAGGAGAGAUAGAAAAGAGGGGAAGAAGAUUCAAUGUGAUGUUUUUGUGGUUUGGGGAGAGAAGGGCGCGUGUGGAAGCGAGUUUGGGGAUGUAGUAGGGCUUUGGAAAGAGGUUUGUGAGGGAAAGGUGGAGGGGGUGGCGGUGGAUGCAGGACAUUAUAUUUCAGAGGAACGUCCAGAGGAGUUGGUGAAGUUGGUUAAGAAUUGGUUUUGAGGGU